CCUGGAGAGACCAGGCCCAGAGUCAGUGAAGUGGGUGGCCACUGCCAUGCUCCAGGCUUCUCUGCUGGCGAAGCAGGUGCUGCUGUGGGGCAAGCAGGCCCCACACAUUGGCCCCUUUGCCCUAGGCCACCUCCUGUGAAGGGGGCACCUCCACUGGGCCCCCUGCGUGGGCUCCAUGGCAUUUUCUGAACUCCUGGACCGAGUGGGUGGCCUGGGCAGGUUUCAGAUUCUCCAGAUGGUGGCUCUGGUGGUCCCUAUCAUGUGGCUCACCACUCAGAGCAUGCUGGAGAACUUCUCGGCCGCUGUGCCCAGCCACCGCUGCUGGGUGCCCCUCCUGGACAACAGCACUGACCAGGCCAGUGUCCCCGGGACCCUGGGCCCCAAGGACCUCCUGACCGUCUCCAUUCCAUUGGGCCCCAACCACGAGCCCCACCAGUGUCUCCGCUUCCGCCAACCACAGUGGCAGCUCCUGGACCCCAAUGCCACGGCCACCAACUGGAGUGAGGCUGCCACAGAGCCGUGCAUGGACGGCUGGGUGUAUGACAACAGCACCUUCACCUCCACCAUCGUGGCCAAGUGGGACCUGGUGUGUGACUCCCAUGCCCUGAAGCCCAUGGCUCAGUCCAUCUACCUGUCUGGGAUGCUGGUGGGAGCUGCCGUGUGCGGCCGAGCCUCUGAUAGGUUUGGGCGCAGGCUGGUGCUGACCUGGAACUACCUUCAGACGGCUGUGUCAGGCACGGCGGCUGCCUUUGCCCCCACCUUCCCCGUGUACUGCCUGUUCCGCUUCCUGGUGGCCUUUGCCGUGGCCGGCGUCAUGAUGAACACCGGCACUCUCCUGAUGGAGUGGACGUCGGCACGGGCCCGAGCCUUGGCCGUGACUCUCAACACCCUGGGCUUCAGCUUCGGCCAGGUCCUGAUGGCCACAGUGGCCUACGGUGUGCGUGACUGGGCAUUGCUGCAGCUGGUGAUCUCUGCGCCCUUCUUCCUCUGUUUCGUGUACUCCUGGUGGCUGGCAGAGUCUGCACGAUGGCUCCUCAUCACAGGCAGGCUGGAGCAGGGUCUGCGGGAGCUGCGGAGGGUGGCUGCCAUCAACAGGAAGGGGGCGGUGGAGGACUCCUUGACCACCGAGGUCCUGCUCUCGGCCAUGCAGGAAGAGCUGAGUGCGGGCCAAGCUCCCUCCAGCCUGAAUGCUCUGUUCUGCCUGCCUAGACUGGGCCUCCGGACCUGUAUCUCCACUUUGUGCUGGUUUGCCUUCGGCUUCACCUUCUACGGCCUGGCCCUGGACUUGCAGGCCCUAGGCAGCAACAUCUUCCUGCUCCAGGCCCUCAUCGGGGUCGUGGACAUUCCAGCCAAGAUAGGCACCCUGCUGCUGCUGAGCCAUCUGGGCCGCCGGCCCACUCAGGCAGUGUCCCUGGUGCUGCCGGGGCUCUGCAUCCUGGCCAACACGCUGGUACCAUACGAGAUGGGGGCCCUGCGUUCAGCCCUGGCCGUGCUGGGGCUUGCGGGAGUGGGAGCCGCCUUCACUUGCAUCAGCAUCUACACCGGUGAGCUCUUCCCCACCGUGCUCAGGGCUGCCCAGGUGCAUCCUGCCCCCGCUGGACCCCUGUAUCCCUCUGGACAGAGUGGGCCUGGGCGGUCAAAGCCGUGGGCAGACAGAGUGGCCCCUCACUGGUGUGUCUGUGACUAUAGGAUGACGGCGGUGGGCCUGGGCCAGAUGGCAGCCCGUGGGGGAGCUAUUCUGGGGCCUCUGGUCCGGCUGCUGGGUGUGCACGGCCUCUCGCUGCCCCUGCUGGUGUACGGGGCAGUGCCCGUGCUGAGUGGCCUGGUGGCCCUGCUGCUGCCAGAGACCCAGAGCCUGCCGCUGCCUGACACCAUUCAAGAUGUGCAGAACCACGCAAUAAAGAAGGCAACACAGAGCACCCUGGGGCCCAUGGUCCUGAAAUCCACACACCUUUAAGCCUUCUGGGAGUUCUGCCAAGGAUCGCUGGGCGGAGCACCUUCUCUCCUUUGGAGGAGGCAGGACAGCAAAGGCCCCCAUCUCUAGAAGAGGCCCCAGGGCUAUCCCUCUCUGCCAGAGGAGCCACCCUUGAUAGAGAAGGAGGAGAGGAUGGCUUGACUGGCCAAGGGGUCCACCCCAUGCACCCUCGCAGGACCCUCCCUCACGACUGUGAGGAGGAGCAGGGACCAGCUUCCCACCCUGCUCCCUGCUCACUCUGCUGGCGGCCCCCAGCUGGCCACUGCCCCCUGAGCUUGGAGGCCACCAUCACCCGCAGUCAAAACUCUCCCAGCACCUCGCACUGCCCCAAGGGCCCCAACAUGUCUCAGCUCCUCAGCUGUACCCAAAAGGCAGCUCUGGCCCUUGGUCCCUCAUCCCCACAUUCCAGCCACGGGACCCAUCCUCUGUGCCCCUCCUACCGGACCCAGGGCAAUAGCCUCCUUCCUGCAGGCCCAGGGCCCAGCCCAAGGCCAGAAUGAAUCCCUUACCCACAGCUGUGGCCACGCACAUGACUCCUGCCCUGCCAACCCAGGGGUUCCCAGAGGCUUCCCCCUUGGCCCCAGCUCCCACACAGAGCCUGGUGGGAGGGGCAGCAAUGCGAAGGAGGCAAAAGAAUGAAUAAAGGAACAAAUGACA